AUGAUACAGGCUUUUUCCUCCAGACAGGUUUCUGUGUACAACAUACCAGCUCCAUACCACUCUGAGCAGACUGCUGGGCAGGAUCCAUAUAUUCCUCACUACCUGUCCUACCAAGAGGGCUUGUGUCAGAAAUACUGUUUUUUCAAAUGGAUGAGGCUGUGUUUCUGGAGAAGAUGGUUUCUGGGAAUAUUGUCUUCGGUUUCUUUAAUGGUUACAGUAAUUGUGUUAUUCCUGCACUACUCGUUCUCUCCAGCUUCCUCUUUUAUAUAUAUUGGUGGAAGUGUAGAAAUUCCUAAUCUGACUUACACAAAUGACCUCAAUGAUCCAAAAUCACAGAAAUUCCUCUUGCAAGCAGAAGCAAUCCAAAAUUAUUUUGCAGAAUCCUAUGAGUAUUCCACCUUGGGAAAGUACUACUUGAAAUCUGUAGUGGCUGCAUUCAGUGAAGGAGAGCAUGGACUUCGAGCUUACUACUGGAAUAUGUUCUGGGCACCACAAGAUAUUGUUGAUUCUCUUAAAAAGUUAACCCCAUUGGAACAAAAAGAAAUCAGUAGUAAACAAAUCCCUCACAUGUUCAGUACUUCUGGGGAGGAAGAUUUUGAUCUUGUUACAAUGGAGCUUUUUGUUUCAGAUUCCACAGAAUAUGAUGUGAUGCUAAAAUCAGCGGUAUCCUUUGACCUGUAUGCCAAGCCAGGUAACAACAGAACUCUAACUCUGAUGAAUCCCAAGAAGUCUUUUUAUCAAUGGAGGUUGCGAGUUCCUUCUAACUAUGUGGUGAGACUGGUAGUUACCACUUUGCAUGGUGUUGCUCCAGAGAACUGUGCAUCACACCGCUUAUCUGCAUAUGAUUUCCUUCUUCCUCUACAGAACAAGAUCAUUGCAAGGUGGUGUGGAUCUGGAGCCUGGACUCCUCCUGUUAUACGUUUAACUUCAUCAAGUAAUGUAAUGUUGCUUACCUUCUCACUGGACAAAAGAGAAGAAAGGAACAUACUAAAAGCUCACUUUCAAGCAAUCCCUAAAAUCAUGUGUGGUGGUCAUUAUAUAUCCUGGAAUGGAACUCUGAGCUCUCCUUAUUACCCGAGUUACUACCCUCCAAAUAUUGACUGCAGCUGGAUCAUCCGAGCACCAUUGCCAGCCUACAAGCUCUCCUUAAAAAUCCUUGUAAUACAAAUUCAAGAGAAAUCGCCAGGGUCCAGUAAAUGUGAUAAAGAUUGGCUAGAAAUUGAAGGAGUUAGAUACUGUAAAGAUAAUUCAGAAGACAUCAGAAACAGAGAAUAUGGCUAUUCUGUUGCAAUCAACUUCCAUUCUGAUGAACUGGUCACCCAUAAAGGGUUUUAUAUUGAAUACAAAGCUUUCAGUCACACAGACCACCUUUCUUCUGGUUGUGAUCCAGAACAGUUGAACUGUGGUGAUGGGAAAUGUAAGCAUCAGUAUAAGAUCUGUGAAGGUGAUGAUAGCUGUGGGGAGGACAGUGAUGAGAACAACUGCUCCUACAAAAGUUGCUUCCCUUAUACAUACAAAUGCCUUAAUGGUAAAUGUUUGUUGAAACCAAAUCCUGAGUGUGAUGGGAAAAGAGACUGUGCAGAUGGAUCUGAUGAAGUGAACUGUGGUGUGGUAAAUGUUACUUGUGGAAGACACCUGCUUAAGAAAAAUAGGAUUGUUGGAGGUGAAGAUGCAAGAUCUGGAAAGUGGCCCUGGCAGGCAAGUUUACAAAUGGGAGCACAUGGCCAUGUUUGUGGUGCAUCUGUUAUUUCCAAGAGGUGGCUCGUGUCUGCUGCCCAUUGCUUCUUGGAUUCUGAUUCUGUAAGAUACUCAGCUCCUUCAGGGUGGAGAGCAUAUAUGGGCUUACGCACUAUUAAUGAAAAAAGCAAUCAUGUAGAUAUGAGACCAAUCAAAAGGAUUAUUGUUCACCCACAGUAUGACCAAUCUAUCUCAGACUAUGAUAUAGCCCUGUUGGAAAUGGAGACGCCUGUAUUCUUCAGCGAGCUGGUACAGCCCAUUUGUUUACCAAGCACCUCUAGAGUAUUUCUUGAUGGAGCUGUCUGCUAUGUAACUGGCUGGGGAGCCAUAAAAGAAAAUAGUCAUCUUGCCAGAACACUUCAGGAAGCUAGAGUGAGAAUAAUUAAUCAAAGUAUUUGCACCAAGCUCUAUGAUGAUCUCAUUACGUCACGUAUGCUCUGUGCUGGGAAUCUUAAUGGUGGCAUUGAUGCAUGCCAGGGAGACUCUGGAGGUCCCUUGGCCUGCACAGGAAAGGGAAAUAGAUGGUACCUUGCUGGCAUUGUGAGCUGGGGUGAAGGAUGUGCUCGGCGCAAUCGUCCUGGUGUAUACACUAAGGUGACAGCACUUUAUGACUGGAUUCAUCAGAAUACAAACUGAUGUGCCAAGGAGAAAAUGCAGAUCAUCUCCAUUAUGAAAGCUGAUUCCUACAGUAGUAUGUCAUGGACGUGAAAAUGCUGUUGGCUGUUUCAUUGUGAAAGAAUGCACUUUCAUAACGCAGAAACUAUCAUUUGUUAUUCAUCUAGCAGGAACUGUUUGGAUUCAGAGCAACUUCAGAUAACUUUAGAUUCCUUAUGGAUUCAUCUUCCUUAUCCCCAGCAGCACGGCCUUAAAAUACAAAUAAAAUGGGUUAGAAUCUGGAGAGAGAAAAAAAAAAAAAAAAAAAGCCAAAUCAUUUUUGCAGAUUUUCUCCCCUCCUUCCAUCUCUGAGAUGCACGUGUAUCUCUCCUGCUAUCUGUAUGUGUCUCUGCAUAGACGUAUGUGGAUAUAUUUGGGAUGUGGCCACGAAUACUCACAUACAUUCACUUAGUGAUGUUACAGGAUUCUAAACACAAAUAAUUAUUUCAUGUUUCUUCAAAAUACAAUUACUAUAAAAAGCAUAGUAGACAAAUCUGAGAUUAAUUCAUUCUGUAGUUAUGCUGCAUGACUGUUGUUUUCUGGGCUGUAACUUUUAGGCUGUCUCCUGUGCUUUUACUAAAACCACCAAAUGUAUAGCUCACAAACAUUAGGAUGAAAAAAAAAAAAAAUUAAGCGGUAAGAGCAUCAUUUAUUUUCUUGGCAUAAUAUUUAAAGAGGAAAGAAAUACUGAAUUCUAAUGAAACAACAGGAAACUGCAUGUCAAAAUGCAUUGAGAAUUAUGUUUUAAUUAAGUUCCCAAGAAAAAGUCCUACAAGACCUCACAAACUACCAGUUCCUUAGCAAAAUGUCAGGGAUUUAGAAUACUGUCCGUUCUUAUCACUUUUACAGGCUUUAUUAGACACAUUUAUGGAUGUAGCUGAUCAAGAUAAUAUUGUAUAUUUGAGUUAAUCGCCUUCUUUGAUAUUAGAUUGUGAUGAAAUCACCAAAACCAGAAUGAUUUCCUUUAUAAAAGGAAGUGGGAGUCAUAUCUCAACAGGACUCAGAUCUGUACCCUAGAACAUGAGUUUGUAUGUAUCCAGACUUCAAGAUGACUAUUUUUUCUUCUUUUUCUUCUCCUCCUCCAAACAGCUGAGGACUCAGCUGGUUCUCAUGUUGUAAGCAGCGCGUAGCAAUUGUAGUGGCAUUGUGUUAUGGUAUAUCAGUCUUCAAACCAGCAUGAGCAUGGUGCCUGGGUGAUAGAAAGUCAAUGCGUCAGUGGCUUCACCGGGUACCAGAAACUGCACGUACACCUGGCUAAAGUAAGGGGGUACAUUGCUGCUGCUGUCUGAAGAGAGAAGGUACCACGUAUGCAGGACUAGGUAAAACACAGCACAGUGGCAUUUCUCCUGGGGCACCUGCAAGCUGUCUGUAUCAGGAUUAUUGCUCUGUCAGGAAGGCCUUCAUGUUGAACCCAGUCUUUUCAUAAACACAAGCAAAAUUUUGCAGCUCUGAGACUUUCUUGAUGUACCUGGACAUCUUGCCCAGCACUUAGCGCUUUCUUCCAGUCUCUUUACACUUAGUUUUACAUAGCUGUAGAGCCUAAUGUUUGCUGUGUGUUACAAGGGAAUUCCUCAUGUCUGGCUGCAGAGUGCUCUGUGAACUUUGGCAUGCUUCUUGUGGGUUCACGCUGCUUUCUUUGAUGUCCUUAGUCUGCAGUGAGCAGAGUUUCGAGGUCAGGUUCUGUGUUUUGUCUCUCUUCCUGGCCAGAAGAAAGGGUUGUGCCCGUAUGGCCACACUGCACUGGAAGAGACUUAAAAGGAAAAGGGACUUAUGUGAUUGGGUGCAUUUUUGGUCUCAAAGAAAGCAGAAGAGAAAAUGACAGCCACACUCCUGUCAUAAGGUCAAUCUUUUAACCCUAGAAGUAAACCUAGCUUAGAAAUUAUAACCUGUUGAUGAGCCCAAGUAUAGCUGAUUUAAAGUUUCCAAAGCUCUUUAUGAGACUUAAGAAUUCUGGUAUUUAGUUGAAUAAAAGGUCUGCCUGUACUUUCUAGAUGGUCUUAAAAUUGUGCCAAGUAUUUGAAAGUGUUUAGCUUUCAUCUUUAAGGUAAAAAAAAAUAAAAAGAUGAAGCAGGCAACUUGAGUACCGGUCCUUGCUGUUCACAGCAUGUUUUUUUCUACUGCACAUAAGUAUGUGAUUCUUGUUUAGCUUUAGAACUGUGGGGAAAACACGGCAAUGAGUUAGUACUGUAAUUUUUACACAGUAGGUUUCUGGUGUCCGAUAGGCUUCCCUCUCCUUCCUUGCGCUAGUGUUGGGCGUUCCCCCCUGCUACUUGCCUGGCACUGCUUCCUACCUAAACUAUGCUCAAAUGAUAUUCUGUAGGGGUUUUAGUAUCUUUAAAGGCUACUCAGCCAUUCACUUUUUCCCUUCCAAUAAACACAUGAUGAAAAUCUAAGUGGCUAUGUUUCAUUUCAUUUUCAGUGCCUCUGAAACUGCAAGCCCCAGAUGUGAUCAGAACUGCAGUUGUACCUUGGAGUUUACACUUCUUAUAAAACUGAGCCAGACCUGCCUGUUGUACUGAAGCACAUGUUUAAGGUCACGUUUCUUUUCCUGAUAUUGAAACCAAAGAUGUCUUCACAACAGAACAAAGCAGUUUUCCUGCUGUUCUGUUUUAGAUAAGAGCCUAGGCCACAAAGUUCAGAUCAGUUCUCAAUUUCCCUUUUUAAGAGUUCUGCAG